GUUGAGUUGAUGAUGAUGAUGAUGAUACGAAGUGAAGAUAAAAGGUAAACAGCAGCAGCCAGAAGUAAUACGUAGUAGUAAUAGUCCUUCCAUCUUGGAACUAUAUAUCUAAUUGAAUUUUCUCCAUUCAUCAUCCACCCCUCUUCAAAUUAAGCAUGGCUACUAAGCAGGUGGUGGUCAUGAUUUCAGUACUUGUGUUUGUACUUGUUUUAAGCGCACAAGAAGAAUUAGGAGAGGCUAAAACGCUGGUUGAAUGCAUUGGUCUCUGCCAUCAACAAAAGGCAGAGCAAGGAGACACUGCCUCCACGGAGACAGAAGGUAGUAGUAAUUACGAUUAUGGUGGAUGCCUCGGUGGGUGUUUAGGAAAUGGUGAUCCAAAAUUGUGCUUACAUAAUCUCCAGAAGCAGGCUGGUGUUGAUGAUCAAGGUCAGGGCCACAUACUUGCGGAUGAAAUUCAAAGAUGCCUGGUCUCUUGUGUGGUCGGCCCAACUAAUAAGACCUCAGGAUCUUGCAAAACCCAUUGUGUUGACAAAGCUUAUAAAUCACCUCCUCCGCCAGCCCCAGAUUGCGUGAAUCUUGCCGUAUGAGAUGAAUCAUGAAUAUCAUCACAUUUCCUUCUUAUCAGUGCUUCAAAUUAGUCUUUUUCUUUUUCCAGCAUUUUGACUUUAAAAAAACAGGGUGGAUGUACCCCACGUUCCGUUCUGAAGUGUACUUCUGUUCUUUCGUUUCUCAGCACCUACACUACAUGUGUUUGUAUCUUCAGUCGUGCAUCGAUCAUCCUUCUUUCCCUUUUUUAAUAAAUUCCAUUGGAUCUACC